AUGACGAUGAAUAACGAAUUACGACAACAUCAACCUAACUACGAUCCGUUCAUCUAUUCAAAAUCUCAUCUUCCACCACCGGAUUUUGGUGAAGAAUUAGAUGAUGGUCUUGUAAAAGAUAAAUUCAAAGAUUUCGCCGAUAAAACUACUGCACAUGGCGCUAAACGGAUUCUAAUCGCACAUAAUGGCGUCAGUAGAAUGUUCUGGAUGAGCCUAAUAGUGUUUUUUCUCACAUUAUUCCUCUAUCAAGCAGCUACUCUUAUUAUGAAGUAUAAAAAACAUGACAAAAUCACGAGUAUAUCGCUCAAAUUUGAUCAAGUGGAGUUUCCAGCGAUCACAUUUUGCAAUCUUAAUCCGUAUAAGAAAAGCCUUGUGGUAAUGGUGCCAUCAAUUCGAGAUACGAUGGAUGUAUAUGACAACGCAAAAACGCAUAGUAAAACAGAUCAGCCGAAAAAACCAAGAUUUCGACGGAAGCAAUAUCAAAUGGAAUCAGCAAAAAGAGUUCUGCAGUUGUUCGAGAAAGAAAUCGCACAAGGUCAGGAAGAGUUACGGAAGCAACAGCUUGCACGACAAGAAAUUCGGACAAUUGUUAAGCGAGAUGCCUCAUUUGCUCCAAGAUAUGAAGCCAUUGAAGCUCAUUGCAAAUGUGUUGGGAACCUCGACAUGGAAUGUAUUCGCUUCGAGACACCACCAAGAAAUGAGAAAUCAAAGUGCGUAUGCACUUACGACCGAGAGAUGAUGGUUGCAUGGCCGUGCUUUAAUAUAAGCGUAUGGUUCGAUCACACUUGUCCAUCGUGUAAAGAAGAUGGUUAUUGUGAAUACAGUGCACGAGAGGGUGAAGUGACUCUUGACAGUAUGGCUAAUUGGCCGUGUAAAUGCCGUAAUCGAACUGACAGCACUGAAAUAGAGGACGCACCAUACUGUAUUGGUAAAGAACCGGUAGAGAUUCGAAAACUUUGGGUGGACGAUUGGAAUAGAACCACAACAACAACAACUACUACUACCACUACUACAACGACAACGACAACCACAACUACAACGACACCUUCACCACCAGAAGCAACAAGUCGACCGAAUCAGAGAGCUAUCGUCAGUCAUCCAGAAACUAUUAAGGCUAUGGGUUUCUCUGGAAUGACUGACGGUGUAGCUAUGCUCACAAAGGCUAAGGAAAAUUUAAUGUUCACCAUGUCUGCACUAUCAGCCGAACAACGUGUGGCACUUUCGCAAAGCAAACAUGAAUUUAUCGAAAUGUGUUCAUUUAAUGGUCAUGAAUGUAAUAUUGAAGAAGAUUUUCGUUUACAUGUAGAUCCAGAAUUUGGUAAUUGUUUCACAUUCAACCAUGAUGUUAACAACAAUUAUACCAGCAGCCGGGCUGGUCCAAUGUAUGGAAUAAGAGUUCUCCUUUUUGUCAACACUUCCGACUAUAUGUCAACAUCGGAAUCUGCUGGCGUACGACUUGCCAUCCAUGCGCCAACAGAAUAUCCUUUUCCUGACACUUUUGGCUACUCUGCACCUGUUGGUUUUGCAAGCAGUUUUGGCAUGAAGAAGAAACUCAUUCAAAGACUGUCGAAGCCAUAUGGGGACUGUAUACAUUCCGAAAGUUUUAACAAAACAAACUAUAUUUAUCAAAAAUACGAUUAUCAUCCGGAGGGAUGUCAUCGCAGUUGUUUCCAAACAAACCUAAUUCGUGACUGCUCAUGUGGUGAUCCAAGAUUCCCUGUGCCAGAAAAUAGUAAACAUUGUUCAGCAUUUAAUGCUACAGCUCGAGACUGUUUGGAGCGUAACAUCGGUGCAGUUGGAGAUUUUCACCAUGUUACCGAGCAAAUGAAUUGUGAAUGCAAGCAAAGAUGCACAGAAAUUGUUCAUGAAGUCACAUUCUCAGCUAGUCGUUGGCCUUCAGGAGCUACUGACGAAAAUUCUGGGCUUGGAGACUGUGAUGGAAUGACGGAAUCACAAUGUGAAAAUUAUUACCGCCUUAAUGCCGCUAUGGUAGAGGUGUUUUAUGAACAACUUAACUACGAAUUACUACAAGAAUCAGAAGCAUACGGACUCGUCAACCUUAUUGCCGAUUUCGGCGGACACCUUGGUCUAUGGUUAGGCUUCUCAGUUAUUACGGUCAUGGAGGUGAUUGUGCUCAUAGUGGAUGUAGUAUCGAUCUGUUUCCGACGCAGAAAUGAUCGAAUGGUGAAGCAUGAUCGGAAUAACAGCGAAAAAACAUACGCACCAACGUCAGCAAGCGAAAAAUCAAAGUCGCUUGUUCAAAUAUGA